AUGAAGAGGCAAAACGUGCGGACCUUGGCCCUAAUCAUCUGCACUCUCACUUACCUAUUUGUGGGUGCGGCGAUUUUCGACGCGCUGGAGUCGCAGGAGGAGACGAGCCAGAGGCGAGAUCUGUUCCUGCGCCGGAGCGAGUUGCUCCGCACCUUCAACUUGUCCGCGAGGGACUUCGACCAACUAGAGAGAGUGGUGCUGCAGCUCAAGCCGCACAAAGCCGGCGUGCAGUGGGAAUUCGCCGGCUCAUUUUAUUUCGCCAUCACUGUGAUCACUACUAUAGGAUACGGCCAUGCAGCCCCCAGCACAGAUGGAGGGAAGAUGUUCUGCAUGAUCUAUGCCCUCUUAGGCAUACCACUCACAUUGGUCAUGUUCCAAAGUGUAGGCGAACGGAUCAACACCUUCGUUAGAUUUCUUCUCCAUCGCCUGAAAAAGUGCCUUGGAAUGAGGCGAACUGAGGUCUCCAUGGUUAACAUGGUGUCGGUGGGAUUUAUAUCGUGCAUUAGCACACUAUGCGCAGGAGCAUUGGCUUUUUCCGAAUUUGAAGGAUGGAGUUUCUUUCACGCCUUCUACUACUGCUUCAUCACUCUCACCACUAUCGGCUUCGGCGACUACGUGGCGUUGCAAAACGACGAAGCCCUGCAAACCAAGCCGGAUUACGUGGCCUUCAGCUUCAUCUACAUCUUGACGGGCCUGGCUGUUAUUGGAGCCUUCCUCAACUUAGUCGUCCUCCGCUUCAUGACCAUGAACGCCGAGGAUGAGAAAAGGGACGCAGAGCAGAGGGCUCUGCUCGCCCAUAACGGCCAGGCUGGCAGACAUACGCAUUGCGCGACGGACCUACCGUCUCCUUCUUCCACGGCUUCAGGCUGUGUCGGAGGAAGCGCAAUUGGGGGUGGCGGGGCAGGAGCGGCGAGCAGGGGACUGCGAAAUGUUUAUGCUGAGGUACUUCAUUUCCAGUCCAUGUGCUCUUGCCUUUGGUACAAGAGCAGGGAGAAGCUGCAAUACUCCAUCCCUAUGAUAAUCCCACGUGACCUAUCUAACUCUGACAGCUACAUGGAGCAGGGAGAAGCGUUCUCCAACCCCCUUCACUCCAAUGGCUGCAUGUGCAGUUUACAGCCCCACUCAGGCAUCAGCUCAGUGUCCACUGGUCUGCACAGCAUCAGUGUGUACAGGAGACUCAAUAAACGAAGGAGCUCCAUCUAG